AUGGCUCAGCAUCAGAAGUACACCACUAACAAUGACAUCUCCAGACCAGUGCAUCCAGCAACAGUCCACUUCCCAAUCUCCUUCCUCUUCCUCGGCUACGCCCUCGACACCCUCAACCACGUCCGCACCCGCCUCCCAAACAGCAUCUCCUCCAACCUCGCCUCCCCAAACGACAUGACCCGCGCAUCCUACUACCUCCUCUCCCUAGGCCUCCUCACCGCAAUCCCGGCCUUCAUAACCGGCGGCCGCGAACUGAUGAUGAUGCUCAACAAACAAGGCAUGAAAGACACUGACGGCACCGUAAAACCCAAAGUCAAAGCCGCCUUCGCCCACGCAAUCUUCAACGACAUCGUCCUCGCCCUGAGCACCUACAUCUGGUACCACAAACGCUCUGCCGCCAACGAAACACUCAACCUCCAAGGCAACGUCGAAUCCGCAUACGCGCCGAGCAAGGGAAUGGUGAUUGCAGGCGUCAUCGCGACAAUUCUCAUGCUCAUGGCUGCCAAUAUCGGCGGUGUUUUGACGUAUAAUUUUGGCGUGGGCUUUACGACGAUUAGUAAGCCGAAGGAGGUCAACCUUCGAGCCGGAAAAUACGCGGAUGAUAUUCCUCUCAAAAAGGAAAUCAAGCAGGCGGAACUGGCGGGGAGUCAGUAUGGGAAUUUGGCCGCUUGGUCUUCGGCGACUUCUGGUACGCCAAUUUCGCAUAGCAGCUAAGAGGUCUUUUGCUACCUCUCUCUCUCUCUCUCAAGAGAUGAUUUAUUGAUGUAGAUGAAUCAAACGCUAAAACGUUUCCUCUUUUGGGGGGUUUUUAGAGAAUUUGCACGCUCCCGCCGUACCUACUCCUCCGCCGUCGAGAUAGCAGCAGCUUCGAGAGGGUGUGGCGGCUGUGGUGGAAGUGAGGCGAAAGCAGAGGCUUUUGGCUUGCUUACAAGAGGGCGAAGAAGCUGGAGGAGAUUGAGGGUUUGAAAGAUGAGAUACGAGCAUAAAGUCGAUACGGGUAUGAUAUUGGAGCUUUUACCGC